AUGGGUCUGCUACAGCUAGUUCCUCAAACAAGGCAAAACCCGGCAUCACCCGCUUACAGAGCUGGUGCCAGAUGUGCCUAUCACUCAGGGGCGGAAGGGCACGACACGGACGGUUGCUGGACCGUGAAGAGAGCAGUGGAGGAUUUGAUAGAACAGAGGAAGAUAGUGCUAAGGGACGAGGAUAUGCCCAAUGUGUCCAAUAACCCACUGCCAGCCCACAACAACGGGCCAAUAAUCGGGAUGAUUUGUGAGGAUAAGGAAUUUGACCCGGCAUUAAAAGCUAUCAUUGCCAUUGGUGAUGGAGAAAGAAAACCAAAAAUUGCCCCAAAACGAGACGAAGGGGAAAAGAAGAACAAAGCCACCCAGUCAAAACUAGAAAAGAAAGUUGAAGCAGGAACGGGGGCAAUGCCUCCCAAAAAUGGUGUUCUCUAUGUCCCACGAGGCCGUAAAGAAAAGCAGUUGACUUUGAGUCCUCCAAAGAGAUUUGAACUGAAAAAAGGAGCCCAGAUGUACGUACCUAAGGGAGCUUAUGUGGUGCGGGGGACAAUUAAGCCAUCGAGGCUAGACGAGCCCGUGGUUAUUGGACGCGCGCCACAGAAGCCUAUGACAGAUCCUGUUGCGGUGCCGUGGAAUUAUCAUAAAACAGUGGUUACGUAUAAGGGCAAAGAGAUCUCGGGGGAGCUUCAGGAAAAUCAUCCUGUUGAGAAGUACUCCAACAUAGAAGAAGUGAACAACGCCACCCAAAAGCGUUUCCUAUCUAAGAAACCUGUAAGUGCCGAAGAAGCGGAAGCUUUCUUUCAGAAGAUGAAGAUGGCGGACUAUGAAGUGGUUGAUCAACUUCGGAAGUUUCCUGAACAAGUAUCCUUGCUGUCAUUGCUGAUGAAAUCCCCCGAACACCAGAAGGUUUUAAUGAAGACCCUAAACGAAGCAUACGUGCCAGCUGAAACUUCGGUGGAACAGCUAGAAAGAAUGGCGGAAAGAUUUUUCGCUAUCAAUCAGAUUUCAUUCAGCAAAAACGACUUGCCUCCAGAAGGGGCCGCUCACAACAAAGCCUUGCACCUAACUGUCAAAUGUGAGGGAUAUUAUGUGAAGAGAGUCAUUGUAGACGGAGGUUCUGGUGUAGACAUUUGCCCACUCUCUACACUGCAGCGUAUGGAAAUUGGGACUGAAAGGAUUUGUCCUAAUAAUGUCUGCGUGCGAGCUUUCGAUGGUAUCAAAAGGGACAUGAUUGGAGAGAUCGAUCUAACUCUGACCAUUGGCCCAGUGGACUUUGAGGUGACCUUCCAAGUUCUACACAUGGACACAUCCUAUAACUUUCUCUUGGGGAGACCAUGGAUCCACGCAGCAGGGGCUGUACCCUCCACUCUUCAUCAAAUGGUAAAGUUUGAGCAUGAGGAUCAAGAAAUCAUGGUUCAUGGGGAGGAUGAACAAUCAAUUUAUCGGGACCCAUCAGUCCCCAUCCCGAAGCAAGAGAAGGGAGCGAGCAUAUAG